GCGUUUGGCCAGCUGCCGUGUUUACAGGAUGAAGACGUUAAAAUUGUUCAGACCGGCGCAAUUAUGCGACAUCUGGGUAGAAAACAUAAUCUAAUGGGUCGAGCAGAGAUGGACCAUGUUCACGCGGAUAUGUUUUACGAAGGUAUUAACGACAUCAUGAGUCAAUAUUAUGAAUUAAUUUAUGGAAAUUACGAUGAGAAAAAAAGCACGUUUGUUAAUAACUAUUUACCAGAUGCUCUGGAUAAAUUGGAAAAUUUAUUAAAAAUGCGGAGUGAUGGAAAUGGUUUCAUUCUUGGUGAAAACAUCAGCUAUGCAGACUAUGCGUUGUUCGAGAUGCUCGAUGUUCUCCUUAUCCUUUCGCCCACUGCGUUGGCCAAAUUUCCGGCCCUAAAAUCACUCCAUCAACGAUUGAAUCAACGACCAACGUUACAGGUCAUUUAA